AUGGAUAUACCUACCGACGUGUGGGGCCAAUUGGCUCUGGAAGCGAGUCAGGUGUAUUUAACGGAGGGUGGACAAGUCAGAAGUCCAUUUGCUAGCACGACUAUUGAGAAGUUGCCCGACAAAGUGUUACUAAAUAUUUUUUCUUAUCUCACCCAUCGUGAGAUAUGUCGUAUGGCUACAGUCUGCAAGAGAUGGAGAAUGGUUGCAUACGACACCCGACUUUGGACUCACGUCAGCUUGCGACCUGAAAUUUCCGGUUUACAUGUCGGUUCGCUCGAAUCACUCUUGGCAUUGAUUUCAAUAAGAUUCGGCCCUUCGUUACGAUACAUUGAAUUGCCUAUUGAGUUAAUCACACACACAGUUUUGCACGAGUUAGCUGCAAAAUGUCCUAAUUUGACUCACAUGCUUUUAGAUUUUAGUACUGCCAUGCAACUGCACGAUUUCUCAGAGAUGCAAGCGUUUCCCACUAAGUUGCGGUACCUCUGCAUAUGCCUGUCUGAAGUUAUCUUCAUGGAGGGUUUCAUGAGAAAGAUAUACAACUUUAUCAAUGGAUUGGAGAUAUUGCAUUUAAUAGGCACGUAUGAGAAGGUAGAAGAAGAGGAGGAAGAGAUCUACGAGGUGAUAAACGUGCACAAGCUCAAAUCGGCGACCCCAAACUUGCGCGUGAUCAACCUGUACGGAAUCAACUUCGUUGAUGACUCUCAUAUCGAUGCGUUCAGCUCUAAUUGUAUUCAGCUGGAGUGUUUGGCGGUGAACUACUGCAACAAAGUGACGGGCUCCACCAUGAAGACGCUAUUCCAGAGGUCUCGAAGACUCACAUGCUUGCUAAUGAAUGGUUGCAGUCUUCAGUCGGAGUACGUGAUGCAAGUUGAAUGGGAGAAGUCCUCAAUCCAGGAGUUGGACGUAACAGCCACGGAUCUGUCCACCGAGUGCCUCAUUGACAUGCUCAGCAGGAUACCGAACCUGAGGUUCCUCAGUGCUGGACAGAUCAAUGGUUUCAACGAUUCGGUGCUGAAGGCUUGGAUCGAAGCUGGGACAGCCAGGAGCCUGGUGGCGCUGGACGUGGACUCAUCGGACAACAUCUCAGACGAGGCGCUGCUGCGGUUCCUGUCGCGGCACGGCGGCCAGCUGUGGGGGUUGGUGCUGAGCGGCAUGCCGCACAUCACCGACCAGCUGUGGCAGAGCGUGCUGCACCUGCUCACCAACGCCAGAAUUCUUAUCAUGGGCACCCAGGAGAGGCUCGGUGUAAAUAUUCACGUUGAUCAGUUAAUGGAUGGCAUAGCCAACAGCUGUCCAAAUUUGGAACGCCUGGAGUUGCGCUGGGACCCGGAGAAUCUUCGGUUCAGCGACAAAAGUCAAAAGGCAAUUGACGUGCUGCGCGUGAAGUGUCUCAAACUGAAAUGUCUUGUAUUAAGUGACGGCCGAUACUACGAGAUCGUUAAAGCGAACUUUGAACGAGCUGACCGCACUACUGUCGUACGGACUUCCACCAACUGUCGCGUCUCCAACUAUUACUUACUAUCUAACUAUAAGGAUCUCAUAUUUAACUAA